AAUUCUUUCAACUAUAAAACAAAACUCAAUAAAAUAUCAGACUAUAGCAUUGUAUAUAAAUAUGAGGGCUUAGCUUGGCCAAGCUGUUUCUCAUUCAUCCCCAUUCUUCGUUGGUUAUUAGUUCUGAUGAAUUUAAUGCAAGUCUCGUCGUCCCUCUUAUUAACAAAGAAAAAAAUUCCCGAUUUGAGUGGAGAAUGGUGAGUGAGAAUGGCCCCAAGAAGAGAGGAUGUGGAUGCAGCAAGCAAGAUUUCUUGCCAGAGGAAUCAUUCCAGAGCUGGGGAAACUAUCUAAAGGCCUUGUCCAGCACCAAAACAAGGCUUAAAGAUCGGCUCCUAGCGCGGUCUGAUGACAACCUUGAGCUACGCGAAAUGCGAGGUCGCAGUCAUAAUGAGAUGAAGAAAAGCCUCAACUGGUGGGAUCUCAUUUGGUUUGGCAUUGGUGCUGUGAUGGGUGCUGGCAUUUUUGUCCUCACUGGUGAAGCUGCUAGGAAUUAUGCAGGUCCUGCUGUCACUGUUUCUUAUCUUAUAUCAGGUUUAUCUGCAUUGCUAUCUGUCUUCUGUUACACUGAGUUUUCGGUUGAGUUGCCAGUGGCCGGAGGGUCAUUUGCCUAUCUGAGAGUGGAGCUUGGUGACUUUAUGGCUUACAUUGCUGCUGGAAACAUUCUGUUUGAGUAUGUAGUUGCCGGUGCUAGCGUGGCCAGGUCCUGGACUUCAUAUUUUGCUACCUUGUGCAACCACAAUCCCGACAGUUUCCGAUUAAAUAUGUCAUCUUUUGCUGCAGAUUACAGUCAUUUAGACCCAAUUGCAGUUAUUGUCUCAAUUGCUGUUUGUGUUGGCGCUUGUUUAAGCAUGAAAGGGGCAGCUCGAUUCAACUCCAUUGCCACUAUUAUUCAUCUCAUAAUCUUGCUUUUCAUCUUCAUCACUGGUCUUACACAAGCUAAUCCCGCCAAUUAUGGAAACUUUGCACCCAAUGGUGUUCGCGGUAUUCUAAAAGCUUCAGCUGCCCUCUUCUUCGCUUAUGUUGGGUUCGAUGGAGUUGCAACUCUGGGUGAGGAGAUUAAAAACCCCGGUAGAGAUAUCCCAAUUGGUCUAAUCGGUUCCAUGGUGAUAACCAUAUUAACUUAUUGCAUGCUUUCUGCAACAUUGUGCCUUAUGCAGCCUUUCAAUCAGAUUGAUGUUGACGCUCCCUUCACCAUUGCAUUUCAAGCUGCUGGCAUGAACUGGGCUAAGUACAUCGUUGCCUUGGGUGCAUUGAAGGGUAUGACCACUGUCUUGCUGGCUAACAUUGUUGGCCAAGCUCGGUACUUCACUCACAUCGGACGCACACAUUUGGCACCACCGAUUCUUGCAGUCAUCAAUGGGAAAACUGGGACACCAGUUAAUGCCACAGUUGUCAUGACCAUUGCAAACUCCAUAGUGGCAUUUUUCACUAGCUUAGAUGUAUUAUCAAACCUCCUUUCAAUUUCGACCUUGUUCAUCUUUACACUCGUCGCCAUUGCACUGCUAGUAAGGAGAUAUUAUGUUGCAGGCGAAACUUCCAAAUCUGACAGAUGUAAGCUCAUUGGUUUCCUGGCUCUGAUAAUAGGAGCUUCUAUUGCUUCAUCAGCUCUUUGGGCACUAAACCAAAAUGGGUGGAUUGGCUACACAGUAACAGUGCCAAUUUGGUUCUUGGCUACACUUGGCUUGCAACUUACAGUGAAGCAAGCAAGGAAACCAAAGUUGUGGGGAGUACCCUUACUUCCAUGGCCGCCAUCAGCUUGCAUUGCUGCAAAUAUUUUCAUCAUGGGUUCCAUCGAUGGCCCCUCAUUCAUGAGAUUCAUUAUCUGGACAUGUAUCUUAUUGGUUUACUACCUCUUCAUUGCACUUCAUGCAUCGUAUGAUGCAGCUAAAGAUACUAUGGAGGCAGCUGAUGCAUCUCUUGAAUCAAACAUUUGAAGGUUACCAAACAAUACAGUGCAGAAAAUAGGUUUCAUAAGUGCUUUCCUUUCUAUUUUUCCGUAUAUACGGGAUUGUAAUUUGAAUUCAAACUCACUCAAGUACACAAUGAAAAUCAUCGUUUUUGUCGACAA